AUGCCCAGGCUGAAGGACCAUCCACCUGCGAGCAGGAAAUCACAAAGGUUGAUUUCAAACAAAACGGAGCAAACAGAUCGCUCCACCGACGACCCGACCCGACCAGAGAGUGAAACCGAUUUCACGCCAAACACCAAUUCCACCCUCGAAGACGAAAUCGAAGUUGAUUCUCUUUCGAACACCGCGUGGCCUAGUAUAGAAACGCCUGAGGAAAAUUUAGACGAAUUCGAGUUUGCAGAAGCAAGGUAUACAACGCCGGAAACAAACCCAAACAUGAUGGCAGACGGAAAUGACCUAGCCAGCGAGAUCGCUAGGCUACAGGCAGUUAUUACACGCCUGCAAACCGAAAGACAGAACAACCAACCGGAAGCCCGACAAGCCACACCCGAAAAUAGCGCCUUUGGAGGCACCAGGUUCGAACCGACCGGCCUAGCCAGCAGGAAAGCAUUUAAGCCGUACGGCCAUAGCUAA